UGGUAGUAGUGUAUGUCCACUAAGGAGAGUGAAAGGGGAAAUACAUCGUUGUCGGUAGUGGCUGUGGGUAAUCGGUGUAUUUUUAUUUUUCCUAGCUGUCUCGUUAAAUUGUUUCUAAAUUUUGCAUAUUGUGGAGGUGAACAAUCCAUUUAACCGGGAACGUUUACGAUAAGGGGUAAUGGCUGCACGAUUAUGCAUGCGGAUAGAAUGACCUGUUGUUAUUUGUUAGUCUAGCUAGCUACUAUGUAGCUAAGUUAGCCAGCCAGUUAAAAAAAACUGUCGUGUUGCUAGCUAACCGUAUAGUUUAGCUAUGUCAGGCAACAGUCUUCCGCCUGUGCGAAAUCUUCCCCACUGGUCCCGCGUUGGAUGUCUUGACAAGCCUUGCUUUCCACAACCACGUCCUUUCCCGUUUAACCACCUUGAACCGCUGUCCGAUUCACCCCGAGGGGACAGAGGGGGAGAGGUCUCAUCUCACCGGGACAUGGAUACUCGCGUUGCAUCGCUUCAGAGGAAUAUUCAGUUCCUGCAACUACAGCACAAGGACACUCUUCAGAAGCUACACGGUGAAAUAGAUGACCUCAGACGGGAAAAUAAAGAGCUGCAGUAUAAGCUGAUCAUGGAGCCUUCAAAGUCUUGCAGAAAAGGUAUUUCUUUAGGAUCAAGCCACCGGAGCACAAGGCCACCGACACAGGGCAGUGAGGCCCAGACAGAGGGAGUGAUCUACCUGGAGCAACCUUUACAAGAAACACGCCCAUCUCAAGACCCAUGGCUCAGUAUAGCGGGGGACGGUUGUGUGGCUCAUGCCUACACUGAGAACCCCGGAGUGGCAAAGCUUGAACACGAGUCAGAGUUGAGGGGAGGCCUCAUCACCUCUCUACAACCCCUCCGGAUCCACAGCAGUCCAUCCCAUCCCCCCCGACCCCCCACCCUUCAGGAAUGUGAGGUUAUCAUACGGCAGCUCUACAACGCCAACAGCCUGCAGUCUCAGGAGAUUAUACGUGUGAAGGCUGUCCUCCGAGACAUUGUGUUCAACAAGAAAAUCACUCCUGAGAACUACAUCAUGACAAAGGCCUACCUUGCUGACAGCACCAGCAAGGCAGAGAAGUUUCCCCAACUAGCACUUCAACCACUUCCCAAGAGAAUGUCUGGGAACCAGGCAGGGGUGACAGAGAGGGUGAUCCUCCCAGCCCUCAAACAGCACCUGAGCUCCAGCAUCGCAGAGAGGCAGAAAAGGACCCAGGCUGUACAGAGGAGCAGGCUGAGGAGAACAGUGCAUUGAGAGGGACAAAGAGUACAGCAGGCCAGCCAGCACCGCAGAACCAAAGCCUCUUUAAAUAAGAUCAGGACCAGCUCCUAUUAUGGCCAUUGAAGGACUUCAAUUACCACUGAAUGAAUGUUAACAGUAGCUGUCAAAAGUUUGGACACACCUACUAAUUCCAGGGUUUCUUUAUUUUUACUAUUUUCUACAUUGUAGAAAUACAUCUCAUUGUAGAAAAUAGUGAAGGGAAAAGGGGAUAUGUAGUCAGUUGUCCAACUGAAUGUAUUCAACCGAAAUGUGUCUUCCGCAUUUAACCCAACCCCUCAAUCAGGGGAGCUACCUUAAUUGACGUCUUCGGCGCCCGGGAAACAGUGGGUUUACUGCCUUGCUCUUGCAGAACAACUGAUUUUUACCUUGUCAGCUCGGGGAUUCACUCCAGCAACAUUCCAGUUACUAGCCCAACACUAAGCACUAGACUACCUGAAUAUGGAAUCAUGUAGUAACCAAAAAAAGUGUUAAACAAAUCAAAAUAUAUUUUAUUUGAGAUUCUUCAAAAUAGCCACCAUUUGUCUUGACAGCUUUGCACACUUUGGGCAUUUUCUUAACCAGCUUCAUGAGCUAGUCACCUGGAAUGAAUUUCAAUUAACAGGUGUGCCUUGUCAAAAGUUAAUUUGUGGAAUUAAUUUCAUUCUUAAUGCGUUUCAGUCAAUCAGUUGUCACAACACAAGGUAGGGGUGGUAUGCAGAAUAUAGCCCUAUUUGGUAAAAGACCAAGUCCAUAUUUUGGCAAGAACAGCACAAACAAGCAAAGAGAAACAACACUUCAUCAUUACUUUAAGACAUGAAGGUCAGUCAAGCUGCAAAAUUAAGAACUUUAAAACUUUCUUCAAGUACAGUCGCUAAAACCAUCAAGCGCCAUGAUGAAACUGGCUCAUGAUGACCACCACAGGAAAGGAAGGCCCAGAAUUACCUCUGCUGCAGAGGAUAAGUUAGAAUUAACUGCACCUCAGAUUGCAGCCCAAAUAAAAGCUUCAGGGUUCAAGUAACAGAAAAAUCAACAUCUGUUCAGAGGAGACUGUGAAAUCAGGCCUUUGUGGUUGAAUUACUGCAAAGAACCACUACUAAAGGACACAAAUAAAAAGAAAACACUUGCUUGGGCCAAGAAACAUGAGCAAUGGACAUUGGAGAUCUGUCCUUUGGGCUGAUGAGUCCAAAUGCGAGAUUUUUGGUUCUAACCGCCAUGUCUUGGUUCACCUACUCUGUCUCACUAAGGAGGAGAGUGAUCACCUGACCUCAACCCAAUUGAGAUGGUUUGGGAUGAGUUGGACCGCAGAGUGAAGGGAAAGCAAUCAACAAGUGCUCAGCAUAUGUGGGAACACCUUCAAGACUGUUGGAAGAGCACUGGGGUGGCAGGUAGCCAAGUGGUUAGAGCGUUGGACUAGUAACCGAAAGGUUGCAAGAUCAAAUCCCAGAGCUGACAAGGAUAAAAUUCUGUCGUUCUGCCCCUGGACAAGGCAGUUAACCCACUGUUCCUAGGCUGUUAUUGAAAAUAAGAAUUUGUUCUCAACUGACUUGCCUAGUUAAAUAAAGGUACAAUUAAAAAAAAUACAAUUCCUAAUGAAGCUUGUUGACAGAAUGCCAAGUGUGUGCAAAGCUGUCAUCAAGGUGGCUACUUUGAAGAAUCUCAAAUAUGUUUUGAUUUGGUUACAACAUGAUUCCAUAUGUGUUAUUUCAUGUCUUCACUAUUAUUCUACAAUGUAAAAAUACUAAAAAUCAAGAAAAGCCCUGGAAUGAGUAGAGAACGUGUAAGCUUUUGACUGGUACUGUAUAUAAAGUUAAUAUUUCAAUGUACAUACAUUUUUAUUUCUCCCUAUUAAACUUAUUUUGGUGUGCCGUU